GGGGUGGCGUUGAAUGGGGGGAGGGAGAAACGUGGACUUCUCGGGCCCUAAAGGCCCCCCUUGGGACCCUGAAGUGCCCCUCUGGGGCCAUCAGGGGAUCCUUUUUCUGCAGCCCUCGCUGCCCCUCCAUCCGUCGCCCUUCCACUGAUCGCCGCCCGGCCAAGAGGGACCAGGAAGCUCCCAAUGACUCCAAGAUGGCCCUGCUGCUUUUGCCUCAAGCCAAAGCUCACGCCGAGCUUCAGGAAUCCCCCGCAAUUGCAAGCGCCUUUACCUCAUACCCACACUCUUCGUGUCUGAAUUUCUCGUUCAGGUCUGAGGGAUGGCAGCCAAAGGGACUCCUUGAACCCUGUGCUUAGUGGGCCCAUUUGUCUACAGCACGCGACCUACAGUUGCAAUCCAGUUGCAGUCGAACAUCACGCAUCAAUCGCAACUCCUCACACGGUCAACGACAAGCGAUACCUUUUGCGGUUGCAGCUGUUUCCAAUCUGGACCAGAAAGCAGCAGUUCCGCACCGUUCGUUCCUGCGUGGUUUGGAUCCAUGUGAGGACCGAGGUAAGCAACUUCCAAGUUCAUGGUGGACAUGACCACAACCGAUAGCGAUGGCUUGUUGCUCGCAAGUGUUGUGAACCAGCUUUCGUCUGCAGAGCAAGGAUUUGUGGUUAUCGAGAUCAUUCAAAGAGGAACAGUCCGUGCAGCAUUGACGUCGAAUUCUCCAAAGUGUGGAGUUCAUGCGGUUACCAGUACUGCUGGUAAACGAUGGUUUGCCUUACACAAUUUCGCUCGAUCGGCAUACCGCUAGUAGUCUCUCUUUCACUUUGGUUGCCGACGGCAGAACCACAAGCAGGACAGCCUUUGGCUGUAGCGACCUCGAGCUUGACGUCCUGUGAGUGGGUGCACUUCCAUCGAGCCUUUCACCAAGGUCUGGCCUUGAUAUGAGCGAGUCCACAAGCAAUUUCGCCGCUUAUGCUCUUCCACCGACAGCGGCCGCAAUGCAGAUUCUCCCGACGACGUCCAGUUUCUUGUCGGUCGGAGGUGGAUGCGCGGCAUAAACGGUUCCAACGAUCAGCCCGACGCCAAGCCCCACGGUCAGCCCGACGCCCAGCCCCAUGGCCAGCCCGACGCCCAGCCCCACGGCCAGCACGCCGCCCCAUGCCGGCACCUCGACCGUAAUGGCCACCGGCGCGCCGGCGACCCACAUGUGUACGGCCAGAGAUUCGACAUCAACCAGCCUGGGAAGCACCAGCUCAUCCGGACCCCGAUGCUUGCGAGAUUGAAGAUUUCGCUCCUCAGAUUGGCGAGGGCGACGCGUACUGGGCGGAUGUCAACGUCACGGACGUUUGGACGAGGCGGUGUUGCACGGCAGACCUCGCUUGGGCUGCCGAGGCUGCCGAGCCCGGCGACCCCAUGUGGCACCAGUUCCGUGAUGUCCGCGCGGAGAUGGCGAGGAGGCUCGUGCCCCUGCGAGGCUCGCGCACGUGCUUCGGAGGCAGGAGCACGCACUGUGCUCGCCACCGCCGCCGCGCAAUGCAUGGUGGACACCGCGCGGUGCAUAUAUCUGAGCUGCUUCCGGUGUUGCCGAGGGCCCGCACCGCCGGGACACCGCGCGGUCUGAGCUCGCCCGUCCGACCAAGGUGGAUCGGUGCAUGCCCUUCUCGUCCUUUCUGAGAUUCCUCCUCGCUGCUGUCCCAGCACAUGCGGCUCCUCCUCCCUGAGAGUCCUCCUCUCUGAGAGUCCUCUUUCUCAUUUCUUCUGUGCUGCCCAGCCAGGAGGGACGAUGACCCAGUCAAACACAUGCUGUUGAAUCCGCUCGCGUUGCAUCCCCAUGCCAUGAGGACGCUUCGAGUUGGACGUCGCCAAGAUUGCCGUCCCAACUGGCCAACGGCGUAUAAGAAUCUCUGGUCAAAUGUGCCUUAGGGCAACGCUUCUCUGCGGCUGCCAGGAUGCCAAAUUGGCCCUGUUGCAACCACACGUUCUGGCACGAUGCAGUUGUUCGGAUCAUUGGUGGCGAUCUUGCUUACUUGCUUGCGAUCCUGCUUGUAUCCAUGCGGCAGGAUUCUAACGAACUGUUCUUUGCGCGUACGCGUUCAGGUAGGCGCGCCAGGUGAGAGUCACGAGGCCCUGUAGGUCAACCCGUGCUUCGCAACACGCUGGCGCAUAUAGGAGUUGAGCCUUGCAGUUGUUGCCUUCAGAUCAGGUAGGUUUAACCCCCUGCCGCGGAGAGCUGCGCUGCAGAGUUGGGCCCUAUCGGCUUGAUUGCCUUGAGACUGCCUCCGACGCCCGCA